AAGCGGGCUGCGGAUAUGCUGAAGACGAUGGAGCAUAAGAACCAGAUACAAGUGAGGGCUUUGGUCUGUAGUCGGAACGCUGUGAUCUGGUGUUAAUCGAAAUUUUCAUUUCCCAGCUGCAAAGGAUCAUGUCGCAGCGCCGCACCGAUGACACCCGUCAGAAAAAGUCGGUCAUGAAAAUCCUGAGACGGACCACAACGCCGCAACGCAUCUCCAAACCGGGGACAUCCAACGGCAGCGCAUCUCCAAAGCGCGUCAAAGGAAAUCACGGCACUUGGAAAGUCACCUCCGCGCCCGUAACGCGACCAGGGUCAUCUGCGAGUGUUCUUCGACAAAGACCAUCGACUGGCCUCAGCCGAACAUCCGGGCGAAACUCGCCAGAAGGAAAAACGCUUUCCGAGUUGGAUCUGGAAGGGUCGCUAAGUGUACGCGCCGCCCUCCGGAAAGAAUUGCUGGACAAGGAACUCGAGUCUUGCCUGGCCGUCCGACGCGCAAAAGCUCUUCUGGCUGCCCUCCAAGUUCCCAUGGCUAAGCUGACUGGUGAACAAAAAGAGUUGCUUGACGAGCGGGAAAAAGUGGUCAAAGCCGAAGAAGCCCGCACGGGUCGCUACGAACCUGAGGCUUGGCAGUACAUGGAUGGUCGCCUCGGUGAACUCGACCAAGAGAUUGCGACGGUAAAUGCCAAAAUCGUGGAAGCUGAAGAAUCUCUGAGACUUGCUCGUCUUGGCGCGGAAGGAGGAUCACAACAGCAAGACGAUAUGGCGUCCCCAGCUGGCCCUGGGAACUCUGACCUAGGCUGGGAGAAUGCGCUCAACCUUGUGCGCACGUUUGACCCGUUCGAGUUGGAAGCUGUCGUUGAGCUGUACCUUGAUGAGAUUGUCAAGUUGAGGUUCGCGGUCGAAGAAAGCGAAACGAGGGAAUCUGAUCUGAAGCAGCGGUUGAGUGACAAGGAGAGGAUCACGGCGGAGCUCAAACUCGCAUCGAAAGAAGCUGAGCGUAAGUUCAAAAAGGCGAUAGCUGAUGCUAUUGAGCAAAGCAACGAUACCAAGCUCGAAGAAAGAGAAGCCGAGAAGGAGAAUGCGGUUGUUCGGGACGGCGCUGUGCCAUCUCCAACACGGCCCGAAUCGAAAACGAAGCAAGCCUGGCAUGACGACGACAAAGGCGAGCCCGCUCAACCGAAAGCGGGCAUUGAUGUCGUGGCAGAGUCGAUGAAGCCCGUCCCUAUCAAUUUGACAAAUCCUCCCGUGACGGUUCAUAGAGCGCAAGUCUCAAACGAUAUGCCUCAGAAAGCUGCAAUUACAAACAUCAUCCAGGAGGCGCAAGCGGCACCAGUGACCAAGAGCAUGAGCUUCAUGGACCGCCUUGCUCUCAUUGGAGGCGGCGAGCUCGCUAAACGGCUCGCCAAGAAUGUUGACAGUAAGGGGAGCACAAGGUCAGGGUCACCGACGGUGACUUCCAUAAACGCGGCCGCGAGCUCACCUCCUGUCGACGAGGGAAACGUCCCUGAGGAAGUUUCAUCGCGAGACGGAGAUUCGCGCGGGCGAGACCAGCCUGCGUCGCCCGAUCGAACCUUGAAGCCAAAGGCAUCGGGUGGGAAAAGCCCUCAAAGAUCGGGAUCUGGCUCCAGCAGCACAAGCGCGUCGCCACGUGAGAUCCUACCUCCGGGAGUCCAGCGACGAGCUCACCACAUGAGAGCACCGGAAACCAUCUCAGAACCCCGCGAGAGGAGUCCACGGUGGGCUUCUGCAGGUGACCGUCAGCGGGUACCGAGUACGAGUCCGCCCAAACGCGUUCAAACACCUCCGAUGAUCAGUCCCACUCGAAAGACAAACCCGGCACCGGAGCCCAGGCGAGGCUUCGAAGCGAACGCUGCUAGACCUCCACAGCAGGACGAGCUGCAAGCUCUUUCACCGGCGUAUCCCACCACAUCAAUGAAUCCCACCUCCAGCGCGCCUUUCCAGGCCCUUCGCACUGCAUUCAACAGCGCUUACAACACCACCCACACCGCCCCAUCACAACCGCCAUCGUCCGCUCCGACACCGUCGACAGCAUGGGCAUUUAACACCUCUGUGUCGAAUCCCAACAAUGCAAACGCAAAUCUGCGUGGACCGACCGGUGCGGAUGUCUUUGAGCGACUGGCACAUGCUCAUACACUGGCGAGUCAGGCGAAGGUUAUACACCGAGGCGGUGAGGCAGGCACCUCUACGGUCACUGCACCGAAUACUCAGACGUCGCCUUCGAAUACCACCAACCAGCAGCCGUAGGCUGAUGGACACCGGAAACGAUUGCCACUUUCGCACAUUUGUUACGCGAAGUGACCGCCCAUUUCAUUUUUGGAAGGAUAGAUUGAGUGUCUGGACUGUGAAUGAUUUGGUGGAUCA